CACUGAAUAAAUUCAUUUGCUCUUUCUCUUCUUUUCGCCGAUCUAUAGUCUGCGCGAGCCAGUACAAAAAGAGGCAGCGAGAGUUUGGAGGGGAAGAGCAAAAAUGGAAGAAGUGAUGGAAGUCGCCGCUCAGAUUCCUCAGGAACAAACCCCUCAGACAGGCAUCUUGCUGUUCAAUCGCUGGACCUACGAUGAAGUUCAGGUUAGCGAUAUAUCGGUGGAUGACUAUAUUACUGCUACUGCUUCCAAGCAUCCCACAUAUACCCCACACACUGCUGGUAGGUAUCAAGCAAAGAGGUUCAGAAAGGCACAAUGCCCCAUUGUGGAGAGGCUGGUGAACUCUUUGAUGAUGCACGGGAGGAACAAUGGCAAGAAGCUAAUGGCUGUCCGCAUUGUCAAGCAUGCGAUGGAAAUCAUCCAUUUGCUUACUGAUUCUAACCCAAUUCAAGUCAUUGUGGAUGCUGUCAUCAACAGUGGCCCAAGGGAAGAUGCUACCCGUAUUGGAUCUGCUGGUGUUGUAAGGCGCCAGGCUGUUGAUAUCUCUCCUCUCCGCCGUGUCAACCAGGCUAUUUAUCUGCUCACUUCAGGUGCUCGCCAAAGUGCCUUCCGCAACAUUAAAACAAUUGCAGAGUGCCUUGCUGAUGAGCUCAUCAAUGCUGCCAAGGGCUCUUCUAACAGUUAUGCAAUCAAGAAGAAGGAUGAGAUUGAGAGAGUUGCCAAGGCUAACCGUUAAGAG